AUGACCAAAUCGAUAACGAAGGAAGAUAUGUGAGUUGGCUCGAAAGUUUCAAGAAAACCUGAAUGAGUUGCAGAACGCCUACUGAAAUUGUCCGCGCCUUGUUUGAAGAGUCGAAGAAGUAUGAGAGUUAUCGUGGGGAGUUUUGGCCCGCCUACAGCCAACUUCUCUCCAAUUUGGGAUUCGAUGAAAGUGUACGUAUCUUAUUGGAGUUGUAUAGUAGUGCGUGAAAAUGUAUCUAGUAGCAUGUAUUUUCAGUUUUCAGGACUGGACUUUGAACCGUCCGAAGAGUGACUUGCGAUAUGCGAUGCUCAACCAACAUCUCAUCCAGAUCAGCCAAUUAGUAAGGCACUUUCUCACCCUCUCGCUCGCACGCCCACUUAUGUACUUGAUUAAAGUCAUCAUUCCAGACGAGUCCAGAUUCAUUGUUCACUGAAUUCCGACCAAUUCUCGAAGCCGCGAUGCGAGUAGAAACGGAGUGUUAUCAGCUGAUGAAACGUCAUCUUCAAGUCUUCUUCGACUUUUUCAACAAUGGCUACGAUCCGAAGAAGGCUGAGAUCGCGUCGCUGGGCCCGAGGCUCGAAUACUUCCAGAAGAAUCGGCCGACAGAUCCGGAACAGAUUCAGGAGAUGGACAAGGUGACGAGCAGGUUUACCGAACUGCAGAGGGCCCUCAAACGGAUGAUCCAGGGAGGUGUAGAGUCCAUUCAGCAGGCACAUUUGAGGAAGAUCCGGGAGGUGAUGGAGGUGUACGAGAGGCAGCAUGAGCAAUUGGCACUGAUUUUUGCUCCGUUCAAGAUUGCUCUGACACCACGAAGGAACGAUAGGACCGAGAGGGAGGGGAAGAAGAGAACGAAAUAG